UCCUAUGCUGUCGCAGCCAAGUAGACGCCGCUAGUCCCUCCGCCCCUCUCUUCCAUCCACUCCUCACGCCGCCACAACGCCACUAAUCCUUCAACCGAGUUGAGGAGAGAUCUAUCCAUCCUGGUGUGGAUUGGCUGGUUCCUUCUACUGGUUCAUCCUCUUCUUCAGUUGGCAAGGCCUAUCCUUGGUACCUGAUUGAUUAGUUGCAACUUAUUUUCCAAAUAUUUUUGGAGGGUUUGCUGCCAUGACAAGUCUACCUAGGGUGAGCAUGGAGAUCACCGAUGAGGUGGUCAAGAGCAUGAAGAUAGGGCUGGUCUUCCAAGGCUAUAAUGGCAGAAUUAGUUCUAUGGAUUUUCACAGAAAGGAUACCAAAUAUCUCGUGACAGCUAGCGAUGAUGAAGCAAUCCGUCUAUACGACACUCAAGAUGCAGUGUGUUUGAAUACUAUUAAUAGCAAAAAAUAUGGGGCUGAACUUGUGUGCUUCACUGAUAACCCAUCUAUUGUCUUAUAUUCAUCAAACAAUGGCUGGGAUGAAUCUCUGCGUCUACUCUCAAUGAAUGAUAACCGGUUUAUUAGAUAUUAUAAAGGUCACAUUGAUAGGGUUGUCUGCAUCACACUUUGCUCUGGAAAAGAAAAUUUUCUCUCUGCUUCACUUGACCGUAAGGUUCUAUUAUGGGAUCAUCGGGCUGAAAAAUCACAGGGUGUACUGCGUGUGCAAAGGAGGCCUGCAGUUUCAUAUGAUGACCAGGGCAUGGUAUUUGCUAUUGCCUUUGGUGGUCGAAUAAGGAUGUAUGAUACUCGAAAAUUUGGAAAGGGGCCUUUUGCGACCUUCUCUGUCGGUACCGAUGAUUCAGAACCCCAUGUCAUAAAGUUUAGCAGUGAUGGCAGGCGGAUUCUGUUAACCACUAAAGCUGGGCGUGUUCAUGUGCUAGAUUCAUUUGAAGGCAAUAGGAUUGCAAUGUUUCAUGCAAAGCCAGUAUUAACCAAUUCAACACUAGAGGCAUCAUUCUGUCCAGAGGGAAACUAUAUCAUAUCUGGCUCUGGUGAUAGUAGUGUCUGUGCUUGGAAUGUUGAGAGCGGAAAGGUUGCACGCUGGGAAAGCAUAGAUACCAAUACCAAACCACCGCGGGUAAGGUGGUCACCAGGAUCCUUGAUGUUCGUGACAGGAACAACAGAACUAUCCUGCUGGGUUCCAGAUUUGUCCAAGGUGGAAUCCUUUACAAUCACCGACCCCCAGGCCCCUGCCGACACCGACACCAAGUAGAUGCAAAUGGUAAGAGGUGGGACGUAGUGCUCUUGCAAGUCCAGCUCGUCUCUGUAGACUCCACCAAUCUGUCGUGUUGCUGGUAGACGCGAGUUAGUUAAGAGUAGGCAUAGCAUGAGAUUGUCUACCCUCUUCUCAUCCUGUUAUAAACUAGUGACUAUUUUAAUUAGGUCAUCAGCUGUGAACAACGAACAACAAAACUAUAGCGCAACAUCUGUAUGAAUGAGUUGUGAUAAUUGGAUUCUGUUCUU